AUGUGGGGACAGGACAAUUUCCACGGGGAGCUUCCCUAUCGAAGUAACGAGGGUCCUUACCCUGGCUCGGAACCUGCUUAUGGAUUUGGUAAUAUGGCUGCGUCUUUAAAUAUUGAUGAAGGGGCAUCUCUGAAUGAACUCCUCCGUAUAUCAGAAAAUUGCAUCCAGAGUUCAAGGAUAUCUCUUGGGAAAGGCCAGCUAGUUGUGGCUUUCAAUAAUUAUCUUCGCGCUUCAGAGAUCACCGUCAACACCAUUCCAAAACAUCCAGAUUAUGAAUACAUGAAGAGACAACAUCCUGGGUGGAAUGACCGCUUUAUAAAGCUAAUGGCUUCUGUCCGAUCACAAGAUGAGGCAAUGGUGAGCGUGAAGCAGAAAAUUGAUCAAGACAAAAAAUCCCUAAACAAUAACAAUCAACAAACCACCUCAUCACUGCCGAGAACACAAUGUCAUACACCUCCCAUAGACCCGGAAACCAUUGAUAGCUCAUCUCCCACAGCUUACUACCACACACAAACGCCAAACGGACCAACACUUCGCAUGUCCAGUCCCACCAGUUUCCAAGCGAAGCCACCCAACUCCCUUAUGCCACCAAGUCUGUCCAUAGGUCAGCAAAAGCCCGACCCCAGAUCUAAAUCAGAGAUUCCUUCUCGAAAACCAGUUGGUUCGACGUCAAGUGUUACAGAUCCUCUUGCCCAAAGAUUUGCGGAAUUGAGAAAGUCGCGUCAAAAUCGAAACUCAAUGUCUUCUGAACAGAACGGUGACCCUCUCACCACGUCUUCCACAUCUUCUCCUGUGGAACGCCCAGGAUCGCGAAGCAACAGCAUGACAACGCUAAGCCACCCAAACUCGAGGCCUCUUGGUCCCCGUGAGAUGAACCCAUCUCAAGGGGUCCCUACCAUUCCACCAAAAGCUCCCUUGAAUCCACCAGAUACUUCACUCCCCCGCGUCCCAAGUCCGGCCUACAGCCCAGCCUGGACAGUUCUUUCACAACCUCCUCCAAACCCGCCCAGGACUGCAACUGAUAAUGGCCGCACUGCUUCGUCUUUUCCCGUGUCAGCUUUGAAUGGACCCAACGGCAAACCCAGUGUAUUUGUCAACGCAGGUAAUUUAAGUCGGUCUCAGACUCCAAAUGGCGCGUACUACAAGGCAGAUGCACCAAGCCGCUCCGUCGACAUUCCAUCACAACCCACCAUACAACCAGAAAAGCUAUAUGAAUAUCUCCAGAAAUACGAAAUACUACUCGUCGAUGUCCGUCCCCGCGACCGCUUUGACGGUGGCCACAUAUACUCCAAGUCCAUUCUCUGUAUAGAGCCAGUUGCGCUUAAAGAGAAUGUGUCCGCCGAAGAACUCGAAGAUCGACUUAUUCUGUCUCCGGACGGAGAACAAUCCCUUUUCAGCAGACGUAACGAGUUUGACUUGGUUGUGUACUACGAUCAAAACACACGGGAAGCGUCUUACCUUGUUGGUUCUCCUGCGGGGAGCAGCAGACCACAUCUAAGGGCCUUAUAUGACACCUUGUACGAAUUCAAUGUGUAUAAACCACUUAAAGAGGGCCGACAACCAGCUCUUUUAAUUGGCGGCCUCGACGCAUGGGUCGAUCUGCUUGGGCCUCACUCAUUAGCCACUUCUCAAACUGCAGCUGUCAUGAGUUCAAUCCACGCUCGUGGUCGAUCCCAGGCCGCUCCUCGACCCCUAAGACGCGCCCCUACUGCAAGUGCCAAUUCCAGCUGGGAGGUGAGGAAACGCAGAUUGCGAGACUAUACACCACUCAAUUCCGAGGAAGAGCGAGUAUGGCUUGAGAAAGCCAAAAAUGAGGAGAUCGACCCCUCCACCUAUACCACGGAGGAUGGGACUAUCACUGAGGAACCUGAAAACAUUGACGAACAAAAGCCGCAUAGUCCCUUCGUACAUGAUUAUGAUGAUUUCUUCAGAAGAUUCCCUGAACCUCAUGAUAUACGGCAGUCUAUGAUGGGCAUAGUGCCUGGAAGUAUCUCCGAAGUUCCCUUAACUGACACUCUACCACUACCUCUGUCUCUUUCUCGUCCAACUCCAGCGGUUCCUCGACCUAUCUACAGUGGUGUCUCUGAGGGCAGAAAUGUUCAACUUCCUCUGGCCCGUCAAUCAUCGGCGUCCAAAACUGCGCUGUACGCUGCUAGUUCACCAAUUGACCGCAUGAAACUACCACGCACCGGCCUCGUCAAUAUGGGAUCGACGUGUUAUAUGAACUCCAUAAUCCAGUGCUUGAGCGCCACUACUCAGCUAACCAAGUUCUUCAUUGACAACCGGUACCAUACUCAAGUCCAGAAAAACUGGAAAGGUUCACAGGGCAUUCUGCCCGGCCUAUUCGCGAACCUCGUACGAUCAUUAUGGAAAAACGAUGUUGAGGUCAUCCGCCCGACCUCGUUUCGGAAUUUUAUCGGGCGAUUAAACCCUGAAUGGGCCGGUAGCAGACAGCAGGAUGCGAAAGAAUUCUUUGACGUACUUCUCGACUGCCUCCAUGAAGACCUGAAUAUAAACUGGGACCGAACACCGCUCCGCCCGCUGACGACUGAACAAGAACUGCGUCGCGAACAAAUGCCAAUCGAACAAGUUUCCACAAUCGAAUGGAACCGCUACUGCCACCGCGAAUACUCAUACAUUUCCUCACUAUUCGCCGGCCAACACGCCAGCAGACUGCGUUGUAAAACCUGCAGUCGCACCUCAACCACCUACGAAGCCUUUUUCAGCAUCAGCGUAGAGAUUCCCUCAUCCCCCAAAUCCGGUAGAGGUGACCUGUACAACUGCUUCACCAGCUACUGUCAGGAGGAAAUGCUGAGCGGCGACGAGGUCUGGAAAUGCCCCUACUGCCGUCGCGAACGCGAAGCCACGAAACAAAUCAUCCUCACACGUGCCCCGCGCCUCCUCGUCAUUCACUUCAAACGCUUCUCCCUCUCCCGCUUCCAGCAAACACGCAAAAUAAACACCCCAAUCAGCUUCCCCAUCACCGGCCUAGAUCUCACUCCCUUUAUGGUGCGGCCGGACCGCUCUCCAUCCCCCGAUAGCAACGCUGAUGAGACCACGAGUACUAAUAUGUCGAACUCAGCUUUUUCAACUACCCCUCCCUACAUCUAUAACGCCUAUGGCAUUGUCCGCCAUAUCGGCUCUUCAAGCACCGAAGGACACUAUGUGUCCCUUGUUAGAGACGACCGACGUGGAUGCUGGCGUAAGUUUGACGAUCAGCGAGUAACUGAUUUCAAUCCUGUGGGAUUAAGACCGGCUGAUGGCCUGCAGAAUGAUCAGGCGUAUCUGGUGUUUUAUGAGCGAGUUCUAACGAGCUAG